AUGGCCGGCGAAUCUCAGUCAUUCAACCUAAUGACGGCCUUGACGUACUCGCCUAGCCGCCCAGACGAGCCCUUCUCGCUGCUGAACCGCCAUCUCGCACGGCUCCGGGAUGCCCAUGCUGCCUUCGCCCGGGAGCUUCCCGACUGCUGGUGCGCGUCCACGUCCAUGCCAGACGAUGCAGCGAUGAGGAAGGAGCUGGAGAGGGCGGUCGAGGAAGCGAAGGCGAGCGGGAAGGAGGGAGACUUGCGGAUACGUCUGUCCAUCCUACCGACUGGACAGCCCCACGCAGAAUGCUUUCCUUUGACGCCCAUGCCCUCAUACCCCGUCCGUCUUGUGCUUGAUGACCGACCAACGGAGUACGGAGAGCCCUUCCUGCGGUACAAGACGAGCCAGAGGGAAGUUUACGACGAAGCACGACGGCGACAAGGCGCUACCCUACACCCUUCGCCAGACCCUUCGGACCCGCCAUUCGACGUCCUCCUUUUCAACUCCUCCCGCCAACUCACCGAGACGACCAUCUCGAACGUCGCCUUCCGAUUAUCCGACCAUGCGAAGGACGCAUAUAUCACGCCAUCAACAGAGUGCGGACUGCUCGAGGGCGUUAUGCGGGCGGAGUUGCUGGAGAAGGGCGAGAUCAAGGAGGGUGUUGUGACGAUUGACGAUUUGCGGGAGGCGGCGCAGCGAGAGACGCUCGAGAUCAUCUGCUUCAACGGCGUCCGAGGCGUCUUUCCCGCCUACAUCGCUCCCGAAGACUUGCAAUGA